AUGACGGGAUCUUCAGAAAACACCAAAACCACGCCAGAGGCGCUGGUUUCAAAGUUCCAAGUGGAAAAGUUGCUGAAGCAAGAAUUUAUUCUCAAACCAGACCAGAAUGGCCGGCGCAUCGCACUACUGGGCACGAUUGACGGGCAACAGGGCAUCCUGACAGCGGAGCGAGCAGCCUUCGCCACGGAGUCACUCGAAGUCCUGCAGGCAUUCCACGCCGCGCUGUCCGGGGUGCACAACCUGGGCGACAACGACAUCUACCGAUGGUACCUAGCAUCAGCAUCGAACGGGGGAGCCGGCGCAGCACCACCAGAUCUCAAGUUGAAUCUCAUCUGGCCCUGCACAGCACAGCAUAUCAAGAAAUACUCGGACCAGACGCUGCGCAUGGUGACCGAGACGCCGGCGAUCUACCAGAACCAGGUACGGCCGUUUAUGCGGGCGAAGCGCGACGAGGGCCGACUGAACUGGGUGUUUAAUAUCCUGGAGGGCCGCACUGAGCAGGAAGAUGUGAUCCUGCGCGAUGCGGGCCACGGGCCCGAUGAUGCGUUCUUGAUGCUGCCGGACCUCAACUGGGAUCGCAAGACUCUCAAUUCGCUGCAUCUGCUAGCGUUGGUGCACCGUCGCGAUAUUUGGAGUCUGCGCGAUCUGCAGAAGCGUCAUGUUCCCUGGCUGUGCUAUCUGCGCCAGCGCGUCUUGGAUGCUACUGUUUCUAUGUAUCCUGACCUGGAGCAGGACCAGCUCAAGCUCUAUGUGCAUUAUCAACCCACCUACUACCAUUUCCAUAUCCAUGUUGUCAACGUCAUGCUCGAGGCUGGCGCCACCCAGGCUACCGGUAAGGCGUUUGGUCUGGAGAACCUUAUCUCGCAGCUGGAGUCUAUGGCGGAUGAUGAUGCCAGUAUGGCCGAUGUCAGCUUGACCUACUACCUGGGUGAGGCCAGUGAGUUAUGGACGGAGAUCUUUGCGCCGUUGAAGCGCCAGUCUUGA